AGCUGGAAGUGGAUCUUUAUAAAUAUUUCGGAUAUGUUAAACAUUGAAAUCAUUUCCAUAUCCCUAAAAUGGUUUUGUGAAAUCGGCAGUUCGUCUAUACAAUAUUCUAGACACGAACCUUCGAUAUGAAUAAUAACAUCAAGCAACAAUCAGCUGGCUUUUCGUAAUUUUUUGCUGCACGCGCCUGCUUUGCUCUCAUCGCAAACCGAACAAAGCUACACAACCAAUCACCUAUUCCAAAGAAACGUCCGAUUAAAGUUAUCAAACUUUCUGUGUACGGUGCAAAAAUUGUGAAAAAUAUAAGAUUAAAUAUUGAUUUUCAUAUUUUUAAAAUGUAGUAAACGAAAAUUUAAAGUUUAAAUAUGAUUAAAAAUUAAAAAAAUUACUUGUUUGGCAUAAGAACGUUUGGAAUAUGGUCUCCGAAAAACGUGAAAAUUUGCAGGCGGAUAUCGAGAUUAUUCAUUUGUAGCAAAAGAACGGAGAGUGAGAAAGAAGGGCGAAGCAUAUACGAAAUCAAGUAAUAACAAAUUUAAAAAGUCAAAGUGAAGUAAAAGUAAAAAAAAAUUAUAUCAAACUAAAAUUGCCGAUGAAAAGUCCAUCAAUAUUAUUUGCUUGCAAUUGAAUAGAAUAUAGUGAAUACCAAAACAUCGCGGCACGUACAUUUCCCAAAAGCAUAAUUCAGAGAAUAACUCGUACCGAUUUCCCCUUUAUUGUUAUUGCAGCCGAUGGUCUAGUGCGAGUUGAUAUAGUUCGCAUACGAACACAAAUUUUCAUUAAAUAAUAAAUAGUUAAGGAAAUUAUUAUUUUUAAAAGUCAAAAUUUAAAUUGAUCAAGAUGUCUACCCCAGCAGUAGUUGAGGGUACGGCAGUAACUGGUGAUACUGGAGACUCAUACAUAAAUUUAUCCAACAAUAUACGGCCUGCAACAGCUGCAGAUUCAAGUGCACGAACUUCGGCCAUGUCUACUAAUUCAUCCCGGCGUAGCCGUUCAGGUUCUGGGCGAGGCUCACAAGGGGCAACUGAACGACUUGAAAGUAAUAAUACCAAUGCUGUUAGUUCCACAUCGAGCGCAAAUGAAAGUGUAGCAGAACCUAUAAAUCCUGCACCAGCUGCAACGGAGGACUCAAAUUUACCACAAACAUUAACUCCCUUAAUGCGUAUAAAAUUAUUUGACUUCUCUGCAAGCAGCAGCGAAAGUGAAGGCGAUGAAAACCAACAAGGAGGGAACGAUGGUGAUUCAGCCAAUAAUGGUGAUGCUCGGCGAGCGGCAUCUCCGCCGCCGAAUUGCGCAAUUUGCUUAGGACGUUGCAAAAACAAGUGCUUCACUGAUUCCUGUAUGCAUCAAUUUUGCUUCAAGUGCCUAUGUGAAUGGAGCAAGGUAAAACCUGAGUGUCCACUUUGCAAGCAGACAUUCAAGUCUAUAAUACACAAUGUCAAAUCGAUUGAUCAAUUCGAAGAGUACCAUGUACAGCCUCCCACCGUACAAAUUCCACAUCGUCCUGUGGAGGUCACUCUACGGAGUUUGCCAUUAAUUUUUGAUGCUGUUGUUGUGGAAGGACGUGACUGGGAGUUGCAGCGGCGUCGAAAUUCCGCACACCGCAUCCGUCCCGCCAGCAGCGGUAUAUUUUAUCCUUCUGCCAUGUCUGAUGCCUCAGCCAAUGCAGAACAUGGCAGCAGUUCGAACGGAAACAGCAUGUAUAAUCAUCUCGUUUAUAGAAAUGAGUUGCUGGAUAUGUACCGACAAGAGGAGCCAGAUGCCAUAGCUAGUAGUGGCACACUGAGUCAGCUAUGGCGUCGUUUUAUAUAUGAUCGACGGCUAUUUGCUCUACCAGUUUGUGAUAUAACGGGAAGAUUCCGCGAAAGUACCGCGAGAUUUUACAGGGAUAAUCCUGCGCAAGUUCAUCGGCUUAUGCCAUGGAUUAAUCGAGACAUUGUUUGCUUAUUACGCAACACGGAGCAUAAUGUAUCUUCGCUCCUGGAACGUAUCAACGAGAGUCUUCUGCAAACAAACAUCUUAUCGCCUGCAUUUCGACGCCGUCUGCAACCUUAUCUUGGCGCAAAGACUUCUCAUUUCAUUCACGAACUAAAUAAUUUCGCGCGCUCACCUUACGACAUGAUCGGUUACGAUCGCGCUGUUCACUAUUUGCCGCAAACACCUGAAGAGAUCGUUAUAGAAUUCUCAUCGUCUGCGUCGUCAGAUGAAGGAAAUGCCUCAAACGACAAUGAACGUAGAACCAGAAGGCGUAAUUCACGCACACGUAACGACGGCGAAUUCCGCGUGUUAUCACGCUCUAAUAACUCUGCGGUUAGUGGAUCGGUAGGAGCGUUGCUAUCAUUUACGGUUAGCACUACCUCAGAAGGUACCGAAGCACCUGGCGUCACAGUUUCUAUAAACGGACGAAGCGGACAAUCUGCAGCGAUUAAUCUAAGUACACACAAUCGUGUCAGUGGCGAUAUUAUUGAUCUGGAUGACUUUGAAGCGUCCUUUGAGCCGGGGACUUCACGUGCACCAAACGAAUCAGCAUCAGGCGCGGCGUCAACUGCUACAACCGAGGAAGCGGCAGCUAAUAGAUCUCUACCGCCCACCGUUACUGAAAAUAUUGAACUCACUUCAAGCAGUAGUGAUGAAUGCGAGUUCGUAUUGGAACGCAAGGCACCACAUCUUCGCACACCCGAACUUGUUAGUCUAAAUUCGGAGAGUGAUUCUGAUGUGGUAUUCGUGGACGAAUCAAAACCUUUGCGCAAAACCACAUUUCCCAAUAUCAACGACGAAGAGCAAAAUGAAGAAGAGAAAGGGGACAACAAAAAUAGUUCAACGACACAAACGUCAACAGCGUUGGGAGUAGCCGACUCGCAAACGGCGCGCGACCGGGAGGAGCUAUAUAAUAUAGGUGCUAGCACAUCAACGGGCUUGCGUUCGUCCGGUGGCGGUCGAGGCAUAAAGGAGAUGUACGAGCGUUCACGUCGCAGCACAGCAUCACGCCGCAAGCGCAACUUGCGCAGCAGUCGAGGCAAAGAUGAUAGCCAACCGAAAACAUCAACCACUAUGCAUAGGGGCAAGCGGAUAUACGAGAGCAGUUGCACAUCGUCCAAUACAGAUUCAUCGUCCACCAGCAGCGAUAGUGACGAUGAGGAUUACAGUGCCAAAAGACAGCGCACGAAAUCACAACGCAGUUCGAAAAACACAAAACCGAAACGCUCACGGAGGAAAGGAACACAGCUAAACACCAGCAGUAGCUGUAAUGGUGGUGGGCAGAACAGCAGCAGCACGAAUAGUCGAAAGCGGAAGGUGAGUACGAGCACAAAUAAGGCGAACAGUGAUGACUCCAAACGCUUCAAAACGGAAGCCAUGAGUUCAGACUCUGAAUACUCCAGUGAUGACAGCCACAAUUUGAUCGAACUACAACGUCGCCUGCAAGCGCUCAAAGAACAAGAGAAACAUGGCGGCACCAUGGAGAAGAUCAAUAAAACACUUGCCUACCUAAUCGACUGUGAAAAGGGCAAUGACUCGUUGAACUCGUAUGUGAAUAUGAGUAACGGUGCUGAGCAAAUGCCCUGCAGCUCAGAGCAGGUGGGUGAGUUGCAUAAGCUGGAAGCUUUGCCUAAGCAAGAAAACUUCGAUAGUGAUACGCAUGAAAACAGCGGACUUGGUCGUCUAGUAGAAGCGGGUGAAGAAAGCUUGGAUGUCGCUCAAAAUGUAUGCAUUACAUCAACAAAUGAGAAUGAAAGCGCUGCUGUUAAUAUCGCGAUGGAAGAGGAUAACACAUUCUCGUCCACGGUGACGCAAACAACGACUGCCACUACCGUCACGACAACCCCGGCAAAUAACCGCUCCAUUUCGCGCGCUUCAGUCAUAACCAACAACACAAAUGACAACGACAACGACAAUGAGGACGAGCACGAGCUUGAUAAUUGCAAUGAGAAUGACAAUUUCAAUAGUUCCGAAACCUCAUCGACGUCUUCAUCAACCUCGGAUACCUCGGCCACAUCACAGUCACUGUAUUCAGCCUCCAGUGGUGGCGAAGAGGAUGAGGACGAUGAAGUGGAUGACGGUAAUGGCAAUGAUAAUGAAGCUGAGGUGGAUGGCAACCCACUAGGAUUACCGCAAUUGUUGGGUACACCAUCAAUAAGCGACUCGUGGCUUGCAGAGCAAUUAACAAAUUCGGGAGCGGGAGCGGUUGAUGAAGUCGAAGUGUCCACAGCGCAUCGUGAAAGUGUCGGUGGCAAUGAGAGCUACGACACCGACGAGCUCUCGUCACACCAUGUCGAAGCGGAAGCUGUUUCAUUGCCCAGCAUCGAGAAUGAUGUUGGCGGCAUCUUUCUAAAUCAGCACGACUCGAGCCUCGUCAUGCCCUUCAACUAUGACGCCGAGGGAAGUCAGAGCGAUGCCGAGUGACAAAUGCAUGAAUUGUAAUAUUUAGUAAACUUAGAGACGCUGCAAGAGGAACAAUGAAACAAUUCACAUUCACAGGAAUUCGAGUUCGUUAUUUUUCUACACGUGCAAGAUUACUUAAAGAAAGAUUGUCUUACCAAUCGACAAGGAAAUUCCAAAAUUUUAUGAGUUGACACAAAAUGCGAUUUUAGGUUAUAACAUUAUAGUUUUAUUGCUAUAUUCUAGUUACCAGGUUUAAGUAUACACCCUCUUUUAGCAACAACAACAAUUUGCUUACACUUACUCUUUUUGUUUAAGACAUUUUCAAACACUCUAACUUAUUGAUUUCAAGACGUUACCUAAAAUAGUUGCGUGGAACAUUUGAAGCUCGUCCACCAUCAAGCUUUUAUACGGACCAGUGGUGUAAAUUUAUAAAUAAUUAUAUGUUAUUGCAAAUAAUAAAUAAAUCGUAUUCCUUAUUUUUAAGAUUUUCCAUCAGUACAAGCCCGUAAUUAGAGGUGAAUACAAAAUUUAUGCUGUAAAUGCUCUGUAAAACUUCUGUUUAUCGGUUAACCCCAAAGUUAAAGUGACGCUGUUCCAUGUUGUGGAGUAGGGUCUUGAAAACAUGUUAUUAUAGCUACUACUCUUGUGCCCUACUCUCCACAUUAUGGACCAAACCUUUUAUGUGCAAAGCGAACUUUAAUGAAAGCCAUUCCAGUUACUCUCACUCUCUCACACUCUCGCUCUGAUAAAUUCAUCAAGUGUUCUAUAUAGUAUAUAUUAGAUGUGAAAUUAACAAGCAAACUCAUACGUCAGUCGAUUCUUUAUCUCUAUGUGCAUAGUUGUGAAACCAUCUUUGAAAACUCAAACCAAAAAUUGCUCGCGCGAAAUCAUUUAAGAAACUCUGGAGCUAAAACAUCUGAGCACACAUACACACACACACCCACUCACACAUAACAAUUUAAGGAAGGGAAGGGGGUCUGUACAAAAAAGAAGCACACAAAGUAUUCUGCAUUCAUAAGUAUGUAUGUAUAUUUAGUUAAGUAUAAGGCACUUAUGACGGGAAGUCGGUUGCGAAGUUGUGACCUGGAGAUCGAGCAUAUAUUUAGUUUAGCAUAUAUCUACGCAUAAUUUCCCUUCAGUGAACUACAUAUAUAAUUAAUAGAUUUUUUAUUAAGAGCUGCUUACAAACAUACUGUGUACUAUUAAAGAUUAUAAAGAUUAUAACGUAAUACAUUACACAAAUACAGACAAGUAUUUCCAUAGACUAAACAAGUGAACCCAAAAAGUAAGCCAUGUCAUCUGUAUAUUCGAUUCGUAUGCGUUAAUAAAUGUAAGAAAAUA